CUAUAGAACAGCCCUAUGACAUGACGAACAACAUAAAACGAUAAGGUUUGAAACAUAUAAUAGGCUAAAAGAGGAAACGAGAGAGAGAGAGAGAGAGAGAGAGAGGAGCAAUUGACAAGCAUUCACAUGACUUGUGUCGCCGAACGUGGAUAUUUCUGUGAUAGCGCACCAGUCCAAAGACACAGCAUGAGUCAAUGGAAACAAAUUCAACAGCUCCAGAUCAAAUACCAGGAGCAGGUGGGAUACCUUUAUGAUGACAACUUCCCUAUGGACAUACGGCAGGUGCUCUCCAACUAUAUUGAGAGCCAGGACUGGGAUACUGCCGCAAACCAUGAGUCCAUGGCGACAGUUCUCCUCAGCAAUCUCCUGUCUCAGCUGGACAGGCAGUGUUCUCAGGAACAGAACUUCCUACAAAGACACAACUUGAAGUUCAUCUACCAGCAGUUACAGACUAAAUGCAAAGCCAACCCUCUGCUGAUGGCCGGGGUCAUUUCCACUUGCCUCAGAGAGGAGCGUCGUAUCAUCUCUACAGCCAGCAUUCAGGAACAGGGCCCAUUGGAGAAGUCAAUGCAGAAUUCGGUGGCCUUCGAGAGACAGAAGAACAUGGACAACAGGGUGGCUGUGAUCAGGAGUAGUGUGCAGAUGAUGGACCAGGCAGUGAAAUACCUAGAAGACAUGCAAGACGACUUUGACUUCCGCUAUAAAACUCUCCAGUCUCGAGAUCCAGUGGACAGGAACACAGCGGCGAUGAAACAGGAAGUGACCCGACUGCAGGAGAUGCUCAACAACCUGGACUUUAAGAGGAAGGAGAACCUAUCUAAGAUGAGUGACGUGAUAAAAGAGAUUGAUGCUCUGAUAGUCUCCCAGCUGAACCCAGAGCUGAUGGAGUGGAAACGCAGGCAGCAGGUCAACUGUAUAGGUGGGCCACUGCUCACUGGACUGGACCAGCUCCAGAACUGGUUUACUCUGACAGCCCAAAGUCUGUUCCAGAUGAAGCGUCAGCUGGACAAACUGGGGGAGCUUAUAUUAAAGGUGACGUAUGAGAGUGACCCCAUCCCACUGCAGAGACCGCAGAUGGAGGAGCAGGUCAAAUACCUCAUCUACCACCUCAUCAAAAGCUCCUUUGUGGUGGAGAAGCAGCCAUGUAUGCCAACCCACCCCCAGAAACCUCUCAUCAUCAAGACCGGGGUGCAGUUCACCACCAAAGUCAGAUUGCUGGUCAAACUUCCAGAGGUGGAUUACCAACUAAAAGUGAAGACAAUAUUUGACAAGGACCUCCCCCCUGGCAGAGUAAAUCGUCAGUUCUUCAUCCUGACUACCACCACCAAAGUAAUGGACGUGGAGGAAUCAUCCAAUGGCUGCCUGUCUGUAGAGUUUCGACACUUGCAGCUGAAAGAGAAGAAAUACGUUAAUGGAACCAAGGUGAACGAGGGUCCUGUCUCUGUGACGGAGGAGCUCCACUCCCUCAGCUUUGAGGCCCAGUUCAACAUACAGGGCAUUAACAUCGACCUGGAGACCUGCUCCUUUCCUCUGGUGGUCAUCUCCAAUGUUAGCCAACUGCCUGGAGGUUGGGCAUCUGUCAUGUGGUACAACCUGCUGACUGACGAACCUAGGAACCUGGGCUUCUUUGCCAGUCCUCAGCGGGCCAGUUGGGGCCAGCUCUCUGAGGUACUGAGUUGGCAGUUCUCCACCUUCGCUGGGCGGGGCCUCAACAGGGAACAGCUGUGCAUGCUAGGAGAGAAACUCUUGGGUCAGCAAGCCUCCCAAAACGAAUGUCAGGUAUCCUGGUCCAAAUUCUGCAAGGAGAAUAUUCAUGGGAAGAAUUUCAGUUUCUGGAUGUGGCUGGAUUCCAUCCUGGAGCUCAUCAAGAAGCACCUACUCCCCAUCUGGAACGACAACUGCAUCAUGGGUUUUGUCAGUAAGGAGACUGAGAGGGCCCGUCUGAAGGACAAGGAGCCUGGGACUUUCCUGCUGCGCUUCAGCGAGAGCCACCUGGGCGGGAUCACCUUCACCUGGGUGGAGCAGUCCGAUAGUGGAGAGGCCAAGUUCAUCUCGGUGGAGCCGUACACCAAAUCACGCCUCAGCGCUCUCCCGUUUGCCGACAUUAUCCGGGACUACAAGGUCAUCACAGACGGAGAGGUCCCUGAGAACCCACUAAAGUUCCUCUACCCAGACAUCCCCAAAGACGAGGCCUUCGGACGACUUUACAACAGCCAGCAGAGCAAAGUCUUUCCAUACAUACCAUCUAUGCUGAUCCCCAUCUCAACUUUGCAAACCACACCUCCCCCCUGCUCCUCCCCAGAACCCCCCAUGUCCCCUGGGAUGUUUGACAUGCUCACCCAGCACCUCAGCCCCUUGGAGAUUGAGACUGCCAUGAGUUCUCCGUACUCCGAGUAACACAAGAUGACCUGCCGAGUAUGCCAAGUACACAGUCUCUACUGAAUUCCUGCACAAGUGUAAUUUUCUCUUACAUCUGAUCACAAUACAUUGCUCUUCUACCCAACUGUUAGUAUUGUCUUUGAGCCCUUUGUCAUGAAAACAAAGAUAUAAUAUUAUGUUUUGAGCAUAAAGUAGAUAUUACAUGCAAGGCGGUAUUGAAUGUGUCCAGAAUACAUCUAGCUUGUUAUGUCUCUUCUCAUAAAUUGACAUCUUUAUUACUUCUGUGCAAGCACACUAUUGCUUUAUGUUUGUGUCUGUGUGCACAAGUAAUGUUAGUAUGUUAUUAUAUAUAUAUAUAUAUACAUAGUGUCUUAUGCCCCGCUAUCAAGAACCAAGUUUUGUACAAAUAAUACAUGUUUAUUAUCGCUUUAAUCACUUUUUGUGUUUUCAUUAGUUUACCAAUUGGAUAUUUUUGCACUUAGAGCCCAAGGUGUAAUGGUCCCAUUUUCAUUGACACGCCUUUCCACCAGCAAAAGGGUUAAACAAAAUAUGAUUUCCCCCUUUCAACUGUCUUUACCACUGAGUAAUAGUAUACCUGUAGGUAAUAAUAAUAAAUAAUAAUUCAUGAAA